CUUUCUUGACACCGUAUGGAUACUGUGUCAGAAGUAAAAGCGAGCCAGACCGAUACAUUGUCAUUUCUCCGAAGCCAGGAGCCCGAGCAGCAAAAUGGCGAAAACGUACGACUACCUUUUCAAACUCUUGCUCAUAGGAGAUAGCGGUGUCGGCAAGACGUGCCUGCUCUUCAGGUUCAGCGAAGACGCGUUCAAUACCACCUUUAUAUCCACAAUAGGGAUCGACUUCAAGAUCAGAACCAUCGAACUGGAUGGGAAGAAAAUUAAGCUUCAGAUAUGGGACACGGCGGGACAGGAGCGCUUCCGGACCAUCACGACGGCCUACUACAGAGGAGCCAUGGGCAUCAUGCUGGUGUAUGACAUCACUAACGAGAAGUCCUUCGAGAACAUCAAGAACUGGAUCCGGAAUAUCGAGGAGCAUGCAUCGUCGGAUGUGGAACGCAUGAUCCUGGGCAACAAGUGUGACAUGAACGACAAGAGACAAGUAUCCAAAGAGCGAGGCGAGAAGCUGGCCAUAGACUAUGGGAUCAAGUUCCUGGAAACCAGUGCGAAAUCCAGCAUAAACGUGGAAGAGGCCUUCUUCACACUUGCCAGAGACAUCAUGACAAGACUCAACAGGAAAAUGAACGACAACAGCGCAUCUGGUGGCGGAGGACCUGUGAAAAUCACAGAGAACCGGUCAAAGAAGAGCAGCAUCUUCCGGUGUUCCCUGCUCUAAUGGACUGCUCACUAUUGUCCUGGACACCCGCACUGCUUUUCUAAAAGCAGAGUGUUGAGCAGCCUGUGUAGGAAAGCUCAUGGGCUGCUGCUCAUGGGCUGCUCACGGGCUGCUGCUCACGGCUGUGUAUUCUGCUGACCACGGCGACAGCCGCCUCCAAGGGCCGGUUUCACAAACUAAAAAUGAGUCAAAAACGUCAAAUCUCAAGUCACCCACUGGUUCCGAUAGAUUCCCGGUUCCCCGCAGUCCGGAUCCCGACCCGCCAUUACAGCAUCUUUGUCUGUUUACGUCUUUUAUCCGUGGAAGCCCACGUUAACGUGCUUUGUGCCCUGAAGCUCCUUCUCCUCUAACCUUCGCUCCUGCGAAGAUCCCGGCGCCGGGUGUUUUUAGCGAGGCAGUCAGACACUGGUUCUGUUUCCCUGGCGUUCCUCCCUGGCUGAGUGUUUGCUGUGUGAGAAUGUGAAAUCUCCCAGGCCAUGUUAUCAUUUCCGCCAUUUACCGUUUAAGGAGCACAAGUCACUGUAAGAGCGGCGCAGUGUGGCGCACGUGCCAUAGAUCCUGAAAUGUCUCUCGCACGAGCACAUGGAAGGAUUACUUUUAUUCUCAGUCAAAGCUGACCAAUUUCGUUCCCGUUGCUGAAUUUAUACUUUUUAAUUGCUUUCCAAUAAAUUAAAACGAAUAUUAUUUAAAUGUUAUGAUAAAGAGUAGCUGAAAUACAACAAAAGAUAGGGAACUUUUUGAAGGUAGUUUUUUCUUUUUACCGAGAUUGUUGACAAGACAUUCAGCUAAAGUUCUGGCCUGUUCUGGAAAAUCAGAAGCGGAAGCUGUUUUAUGUUUAUGAGUGGAAGAUAUUAAAAGUAUGAUGAAAUGUUAUUAGUGGAAAAGCACCUGAAAUGAAGGACUGGCUGUUUAAUUGUACAGCAUACUGUCACUGAUGACAAAUAUUUUGCAGAGAAAAUUUAGUAAACUACAUUGUGCAAUACUAUAAUAGAUCUUCAAAGUGUCCUGUUUUUGGUAGCACAUAGAUGUUUGCCGACAUAGAUGUGCUAUGCCAAGUGCCACUGGCAAGACCAAACAAACCGUAAUUAUAAUGUCUUGGCAUUCAUGUCUUUUUAAAAGUGUCAGUAGUAAGUUCUUUCUGUUUUUAGCCGUCUUAAAGUCACGUGGCUGCGUUAUUUUCUCACUGCCCUCUGAGCUUUGCUGUCGUUCAGACAUUGUCCGGAAAAUGAACUUUCAGCUGGUCCUGAGACCAGAUAAAAAGCGAGAGCUUCAUACAAAUUCUUGUUGAGGUGGUCGUGAACUAAACCUCAGCUCUUCUGGAUGUUUGAAUGCAGACGCCUUCUGGUUCAUAACUGUGUUUGUUUCUCUAUGUACCCUGCAGGACAUUGGGCCCACUAUCUCUGCGGUACUUGUGAAGUUGUUGGAAAACCACUAAAUGCAUGCAUAGAUCUCUGUGUAAAUGAGACGACUAAAAUAUAACACACCGAGUAAUCCGAUCGUAUUAAUAUUAACCACCUGUUCAUAUUUUACUGGCAAAAACGAGCUUCCUUAUUCCAUGAGGUUGUGACAUGUAAAAGUGUGUCCUGUUUACAGAAACGAAUGCAGGGCUGAUUCUCUGCCUGCCUUUGUAUAUGUGUGUCCGUUUUUACGUCACCUGUGCCAGAGGCUGUAUCUUCAUGCCACCGUCAUUGUAGAUCAUCAUAAAAAGAGGAGAGGAAGAAGCGUGUGAUGUUUAAACGGGAUUAACCGGGAAGGGUUAGUAAUUUAGUCAGAUAAGUUAAAGUGAUGUUCAACAUUUCUCUGACCCGUCAUUAACAGAAAGGCUCCAGUUGUGGUCUUGCUAAAAUAGAAACGCAUUGUGGUUUGAGGGAAGCCCCUCCCACUUCCUCCCCCAAAAAGACUUGGUAAGCACCCCCCAGCCCCAGAGUACAGGAAACACACGUACUGCAUUCAUAUUUUAUAAGCAGCAUCUCUGUUCCCUAAACAGGUUUUACAGACCGCAUACAGAGCACAGCACUUGACUCCACAUGUUGCAGUUUCUUCCUGGUGGUGCACAAACCACGUUUCGUAGACUGACAUAUGGCUGUCUGUAAAAUUUAUAUCUCUUUACGGUGAAAGGAUCUCAGCUGUAUGCUGUUGUACCAAAAUGUAUUUGCUUUCUUGGAUAGCCAUAUCUGCACCUACGAUGCCGAAUCAUUGCUCCAAGAUGUGGAUGUUCACUGACCACAAAGCGUCUGAUCUGCUGGGAUCGUGGGUACCUGGCAUGCUGUCGGCAGUCUUCCAUUGUGCCGUGAAUCAUCACCGGCAGAUAGUAUAUUUUCUUAGAUUAAAUGGAUGAUUGCUUGAGUUACAUUAAAUCAAUGCACUGCAUAGACCAUUUGUUAAGAAUGUAACUGUGCUUUUAUUGUUGUGCAAUAACUGUUGAAAAUAACAUUUUACAUAUUUCUGGGACCAUGGAUUUGCAAGUAUGUUUGUAUACAAACAUAAAUAUGCAUACAUUGAUAAAGCUCUAUCCUAAUAAUGUAACAGUGAAAGCAUUCCAUUUAACUCAUGUUAGUAUCUUACCAUGUUUACCAAACCAUAAAGGAAUUGCCAGAUACACCUUCUUAUUUUAAAACACUGUUAGCAGCCUAUUGUUUGUCCGAGAGCAACGUCAAGCCUAUUUCUGUAACAUUUAAAUCUCGUUGUGGACUGAUAAUUGUGUAAAGAUGAAAAGAACUGUUGGUUUUGUUAAUUGUGAACUUUUUUCUACAAUAUGGCGACUUCAGUAAAAAUUAUGUAAAGAA